AUGCCAACUCGAGCAGACCUCAUCCACGCCCUCAACGCUGGGCCAAUCUCCAGUGAGACGGAAUCGGUCGACUCGGACACGAUCCGGGAUGACAAGACGUUCAAGGAAGGCGACUGCGAGCUGAUCAGCGUUGACAACCAUCGUUUCCGUGUGAGCCAUUGCUAUCUCGUUGCCCACAGCAAGGUGUUCCGGGACAUGUACAACCUUGGAGAUGGGACGCAAGAGUUCAGCGUGACCUUUACAGACCGCGAGUUUGAGACGGGGUCGGUAAUCCGUCUCUUCCUUUGCGCAGCAGUGCGAGGCGACAUCCGCUCACACGUCUUCGGCAAUUGCACCGACAUGCGCGAACUCGUCAUGUUCGUGGACAAGUACGACUGCGAACCCAUCAGGCGCCUCAUCCACUCUGAAUGCGAGGUGUCCAUCCUGCGCGGGUGGGGCGGGAGCCUUGAGCUCUUUGCCGUCACUGCGGCGGCAGACGACCGCGAUCUGUGCCAUCUGCUAGUACAGGAACGAGGGAACGAGACGUGGCCGCGCGGCAACAAUGGUCGACUGCAUCACCGUAUGAGCGCACGACCCGGCAUGAGUAUCUGGGACGUGCGCAGCUGGCCCGAGAGCGCAUGGCGCCUCGGCAUCCCCCUCCAGUACCAGUUUGCGCUUACACGCGCACACGGCCAGCUCUCUGGCUCGACUGCACCAGCUGGACUGUCGCUGGCGGACGAGUUUGAGAAGUACCUCCGGCUACUCAAACCUGGAUGGCGAGACCGUCGCGAUCCGGACGACGCCGAGAUCGACGAAUACUACUUUGAGUGA